UGUAAAUAGGGUGGUCUGUUACCAAAUAUGGCCGAUGACGCUUUGUAAUUUAAUUUAGUCUAAUUUAAAUUAUGUAUUUAAUUUAAGAAUUAAGAGCAGGUAUUUUAAGAUAGAAAUGACGGAGGAUUCAUCGAAUUCGGCAUAUCUCGAAAAAAAGCUAGUCAUCGGCGUUCUGAAAUAUCUCGAAAAAAAGAGAGGUGUAUGUAAAAUUGAAUUAGCUGACAUCAAGCCAGGAGAUAGACACACAGUUCUUUCAUGGGAACAGAGAAAUGCUUGUUUACUCCCAGAGGACUUGAAAAACUUUUACCUUUCAAGUAAUGGCUUUGAUCUCACUUGGUGUGUACAAAUUGACAAUAGUGAAUUACCUGUUGGUAGAAUGCACAUACAUCCUAUAACUCAGGUUACUAAAUUAAAUGUUACCCCAAGUAAUAGUCAUAUACAUCCGUCAUUAGCUGAUUUAGAAACGGAAUCUGAUGAUGAAGAAACAAAUGGUCGAGAUAAACCAAGGUUAUGUGGAUCUAGUGGAAUAUUUGAACUAGACGAUUGUGGAGGAUUUGGUAAAGUUUGUUUGGUUGUAAAGAAGAAAACAGUUCUACAAACAUCACCAAGUAUUGAAAGUGAAAAUCCAUCAGAUAAUGAAGACGAGUAUACCUGUAGUGGUAUUACUGAACCUAAGGUAGAAAUCUGGUUUAUGGAUCGUAGUAUAAGAUGGCAUUUCGUAGCUGAUUCGUUCUGUGCAUAUUAUCGACUGAUGUUGAUGCAUCUAGGUCUACCUCAAUGGCAGUAUGCAUUUACAGAUAUAGGAUUAAGUUUACAAACAAAGCAAUGGUUUAAUAUGUAUGCUCCAAUAAGAUUAGAAGUUGAUCUGGAAGGAUCGUAUGAAAUGAGUUCACCACGAGAUCAUGAUACUACAUCUACAGGGUCUCAACUAGAUGUAAAUAAAGUAUUUAAAGGAAAAGGUGAUAAAAAGAAACAGGUAAACCAGACUCAAAAUCAAGCUCAAACUAAAAAAAAGGCAGCAGUCUCAUCAGCCAGAUCUCUGAGUGCAUUACCUGGAAAAUCAGCCAGUUCCUCUUCACAAUCGUCAAUAAAAGCCACCAGAUGAUGUACAACUGGCUGACAGUACCUAUAGUAUUAAAUGGCAGCUGUCGAUGAGUUGUGACAAGUUACACA